CUCGUAAUCCUUCCCUUCCUUCUCUCUCUCUCUCUCUCUCUCUCUCUCUCUCAUAGCAAUAGUUGUAGACCAGUAGUAAGUAAGAAGGGAUGGAGCAGAGAAAAGCAGUAGGUGACAUGAAGCGAAGUGAGUCAGAACUGGCCCUCCAAGAGGUUAUCAAGAAGACCACCCAAAUUAGAGGUGAAGAAAUGAAGGAAAAUCGUGACAACUCUUUUUCUGCUGAGCUCGACAGCUUCUUUGGCGAUGAUCUCUCUUUCUCCUUCAAAACUCUGGACGCGAUGAAUGGUUUUUCAAGUUGUGGACUCCCAGAAUCAUUUGUUGUGUGGUCUCAAAACAUCAGCCCCAAGCAAUCCAGCAUUUCAUCAGCACCCAUUGAUGCUCAGUCAUCAGUUUGUGUUAGCAGUCCAUUGUCGGCCAAUAAUAAACCAAACCAAACAAGAGUAAGUAGCAGUGGUUCCUCAGACGAUGAAGAUGCAGAGACAGAAGCCGGUCCUUGUGAACAGAGCAACAAUUCCAAUCCCAUUGAUUUAAGACGCAUUAGAAGGAUGGUUUCAAACCGGGAGUCAGCUAGACGAUCAAGAAAAAGAAAACAAGCACAUUUGCACGAGCUUGAAUCGCAGGUUGAACAACUCACAGGAGAUAAUGCGUCUUUGUACAAGCAGCUUUCAGAUGCUUCUCAUCAAUAUCGUGAUGCUCAUACAAAUAACCGAGUUCUUAAAUCAGACGUUGAGGCUUUGAGAGCCAAGGUGAAGCUAGCUGAAGAUAUGGUUACUCGAGGUUCCUUAACCUCUAGCUUGAAUCAACUUGUUCAUCAAAAUCAUCUAACUUCACCUCAACCACUCAAUAACCAUAAUCUGCGAGUCUCACCAACCAUCACAAUUAAUGGAGAUGAUGCCUCGUAUGCUGUUGGAGUUGGAAAUGCCGAUAUUAGUAAUGGCAAUCUCAGGAGCAGUGUCAUGAGUGAUGCUGUAAGCUGUGUGUCGGAGCUUUGGCCUUGAGAAUGAGAGAAUAUCAAUAUCGAAUUGCCUUUCCACUGUAAAAUUAGGUGUAUGUGUCUUCUUAUGUCUUAGGUUGUUUCCUGUCAUCCUCACUUGUGGUAAUGUUGUUGUCUGUACAAUACAUAGUUGUUUUCUGCUUAUAAGUACAAUAAUUAAUGGAUUUCUUUUUUUACCUAAA